AACAUGGAGCGAGCAAGUAGCAUUAGCAGAAAAGCCAUGUCUAGACAACAUAAGGCUGAAGUCAUGAUUGCUGGAGAACAACUCAGGUUGAGACUUCACGAUGGAAAACUGAUUAAGGACCGACGCUACCACCUGCGCACGUAUCCCAACUGCUUUGUAGCACGGGAGCUUAUAGACUGGCUUGUGAGCCAUAAGGAAGCUCCAGAUCGAGCAACAGCGGUCAGUCUCAUGCAGCACCUCAUGGAUCAUGACAUCGUUCAUCACGUCUGUGAUAAGAGGCCAGUAUUCAAAGAUGCCAAACUGCUUUACCGUUUCCGCAAGGAUGAUGGGACAUUUCCCUUUAAUACGGAGGUGAAAAUCUUCAUGCGGGGACAACGGCUGUAUGAACAUCUCAUAGGGGACAAGAACUCCAUUCUGCAGCUGAGAGAGGAGCAUGGUGUUGCAUAUCAGCGCUCCUUUCCUGGCUGCCAGUUGAUUGACUGGCUCCUUCAGAACGGAGAGGCAGAGAGCCGGCGUCGGGGACUGGAGCUGUGCCGCGCAUUGCAGGAGCAUGGCAUCAUUCAGCACGUGGCAAAGAAGCAUGAUUUUUUUGACAGUGGACUACUCUAUCAGUUCUGCAUUAAUUUUCGCCGCCGCCGCCGCCUAUCUGAACUGUUAAGUGAAAGUGGGCAAGACAGUGACGAAGGUGUGGCAGUGCUAACACAAGAGGACAACCAUUCAGACAGUCCAUUUGUUGUGCGCAAAAGCCCACCCCAGGAGAGCAACAAUGCUUUCCAGUCUGUGGGUUCGAUUAAAGACUUGAAACAGGUUACAAGUGGGCGUCAAGGCAGCUUGAAUUCCCUUCAGCUUCACUCUGCUGGAUUUCCACCACUUGUCCAGUUGACGAGAUACAAUCCUAAAUCAGUCCUCAGGAGAAAUUUUACAUGUGAAGAGUUACAGGCUCCAGGUGCACCCUUCAUCAAAAGAGUGUUGACAGUGUUAGGAGACGCCCUGGGCUGGGGCAUUGUCAUCAGAGGCAUCGCUCCCUGUUAUGUGCAGGCUGUUGACCCCGGAAGCCCCGCGGCGGCUGCUGGAGUUAAGGUGCGGCAGUUUGUGUGCCAGGUGAAUGGACAGUGUGUUCUCCACUUGGACUACAGGACCAUCUCCAGACUGGUGAUGACAGGAACGCGUACUGUUGUACUGGAAGUUAUGGAACCACUGGAAUGACAACAACUGUCUUUAAGUCUGCUUCUUGUUUAGGACAAGACUACAUUUGCUGGAAAUGAAAUAUAAUAAUACGAAACGCCUUUUUUCGAGCUGUAGACUACAGGAGCAGAGUUAAUUUGCUCAUUUAUGGGAAACAAACAAAUCAGAGAAAAUGUUUAUCAUGGUGAA